GGCAAGCGAAAAAAGUAUUAAAACGAAAAUCGGAAUACUCUUAUAAUAACGUUUAUACUUUGGUAGUUUAAUAAUUUUAAAUGAGUUCUACUUUUGUAACAAGGAUUGAGAGUGUUUAUUAGGGUGAAAGCAAAGAAUAACUUCAGUCCUGACGUCACCGCAAAGAUGCGCGUUGACAUAGUUCUUUGGUCAAAAUAUUGACACGCGCUGUAUCGUAUCUCAGUAGCAAUGUGCAAGGAAGAGUGCGAGUCGGCAGUAUGAAACAGCUAAUUAAAAUAUUGUUUUUUCUUGUAUUACUAAUCUUCAUAGUGCAUAUGAACGCUGACGAUGAUAUACAAAAGUCUCCUCUGCUGAUGCCAGAUGUACAACCAAAAGUCUGGAAUUCGAACCAAAUGCAUCUAUGCACACAGCACAUCAUAUGAUGAUCUUUGGCUGUGACCUGCCUGGACAGAUUCAGGCGGAUAACUCCAGGCUGGUAUGGGAUUGUGGACAGAUGGGAGGUCAGCGUUCUGGUUACCUGCGAGGACCAGCCUGUUCCAGUGGGUUCCAGGUCAUCUACGCCUGGGCUAAAGAUGCACCACCUCUUGAGCUACCCAACGAGGUUGGCUUUAAGGUUGGCAAUAGUAGUGGAAUCAAUUAUUUGGUACUUCAAGUCCAUUAUGCUGAUGUUGAUAAAUUUUUAAAUGGAGGGACAGAUAAUUCCGGUAUAAUUAUUUCUCUACUACCAGGAACAACUAAUAAGGUGACAAAACCUGCAGGUGUCUACGUCCUUUCAACCUAUGGAAGAAUUCGAGCUGGCGAGGAAGAGCAUUUCGAAGCGGCUUGCACAUUUAAUGAGCCUGUUGUUAUUCAUCCUUUCGCUUUUCGAACACAUACGCAUUCACUGGGUAAGGUUGUAUCCGGUUACAAAAUUGAUAAAAGUGGAAACUGGACCCUUAUUGGAAAACGUAAUCCUCAAGAUCCCCAAAUGUUCUAUCCCGUAGAAGACAAGAAUUUGACCAUUGGAUACGGAGAUAUAAUGGCUACCCGCUGCACUAUGUACAAUUUCCGAGACACAGACACAUAUAUAGGAUACAGUAGUGACGAUGAAAUGUGCACCUACUAUAUAAUGUACUACAUUAAUGCUGAUCGAACGUUGUCCAAGAAUAUCUGCUUCACAAGUGGACCUCCUGACUACUAUUGGUCCACUGAUUCAAACAUUAACUAUGUUCCUUGGAGUAUAGACAUAAGCGCUAGCUCAUUAGAAGAUUAAAAGAAAUUUUGAGCGCUUGAAGUUUGGAACUAGAGAGUGGAAUUUUUGUCACCGUAAAAGAAGCAACUUCAUUCAAUAUUGUUUUGAAGAAAUUUGGUGUACAACAAUUUCUUCCAUUCUCAAAUUUUUAAACUUUGCUGUCUUGGUUUCAAGGAUAUUAUUCAAUUUUUAAAUAGUUUCACUUAAGGAUAUUUUACUGUAGUGGAGACAACUAUGCAAACUUCAGUAAUGGUGACUUAACAUUAUCUUUAAUAGUACUGUAUACUUAAUCGCUUUGAUCUCAUUUUCUUGUGAAAAUAGUGCUACUUUAAGAAUGAUAACUGCAUAGCAUUUGUACUUUCAAAACCUUUUGCUUAAAUGAUUUAUUAAAGCAGCAUAUUAUUUUAAUGCAUAA